AUGGAUGCGGACACAGACUGGGGGCCGGACAAUCCACUGCGGCAAUUUGUCAAGUGUGCCAUAGUCAGUAUAUAUAUGUAUUACUUAAUAGAAAUAAACUGUGGGGAUACGACAGGUGUGAACUAUGCACUAAAAGCAAUGAGUCAGAUUGAGCGGGAUCUGAGGCACGCAGGUACGCCUGCGAAUGAAUGCUUAUGGGAGCGGCAUGAUCAUACGAAGAUUGGGGAGAAGAAUGUAAACGCUACAGUCAAAACCUGGUUGAAGGGGAAUGCAACCAUGUGCAAGAGGAUACAAGAUUUAGAGAAGAAGACGAACUGUACACAGGGAAAUGCAACACACACAACGGGGAAAGGUGUACUUGCGGAAAAAGAAAUCAAAGAUAAAAUAAUGGACAAAAUGCAGCAGGUGCAGCAGGAGGUGCAGGCAACAAAAGCAGGAAAAGGGCACAUAGGGACAGAUAACGUAAACGCCAGGAACAGCAUUAACAGUCAAUAUCCGGCGCAGACUCCACCGGAGCCACCACCCGGCAAGGACUCCGUCGAUGCACAACCAGAGGCUACAGCAACGCCGGGAACCACACCACCACAUGGAUCAAUAGUGCCAGUUGCAAGAUCAGAGGAACCUGCGGAACCACCAUCGACACCAUCAUCACCACCUUCAGCAGGAACAGGCCAAACACAACCAGGAGGUACAGGUAAUGGUACCACACAGACAACACCGGAACCCGCAGAAGGCACUACGGGCAAAGACUCACGUCAGGGGCCUAUUCCUGCGACGACGUCAACAUGUGGGACAACAACAGACACUGAGACUAAGGAGGUAAAUGGGAAUACCGCCACCAUUACAAUCACUACCGUGGAGUCCUCAUCCCCUGAAUGCUCAGGAAGCGGUACCCCAGGAACUGAAGCAGGGGACAGUAAAACGACAACAGAAUCCCAGAAACCAUCAGAACCUCCAGCUGUAACAAAGCCAACAUCUGGUGACCCACCAGCAGCACCGCAAGUAGAAGCAGAAGCAGCCACAGGAGCACCAGCUGCACCUGCACCAACACCACUCGCCAUCGACUCUACAACGGGGAACUCAGGAGACCAGAAUACCUCAACGACACCUCCUGACAGCGAUUCCCCGGGCCCCGACUCUCCCCCAUCCUCCCCUGAUGGAAAAACUGAACAUACUAAGGACCCACAGACCGUGGACCCUGCUGUUAGCUCAACUGAAGGUGCCCAGGGGGCACCCAGCAGUGGCACGGCCAGUAACGAUGACCCCCCUCCUCUCAAUUCACCCAAACCAAAACCGAACCCGAACUCGGAUGAAGCCGGCAGCGGCACCAAUGGUGCCGGCGGCACCCAGAUACCAGGUAGUGCACCUUCUGCUGGUACUGAGGGGGGUGCAGGAGGACAAACCGGUGCUGGAGCUGGGGGUGGAGGUGGUUCCUCAUCCUCCGGUACAGAACAAGGAACAGUAGGCUCGACCACCACCACAGACACGCAGACACCAUCAACAACAGUAACACCAAUAUCAGCACAAUCACCACUGGUACCAUCGGCCCCCAAGGGGGGUAAUGGUGCUGUAUCUGACUUUGUUCCCCCUCCGUCGAAACCAUUCGACCCCAAGGAUCUCAUCCCCUACACCCCCGCGAUCAUUCCCGCGGUGGUUGGUAUUGGGCUCAUUGCCUUUUUCCUAUGGAAGUAUUUUGCGCACCUCGCCAAACGACGACGAAAGUUUCGAACCGUUCGUGACGUGCCGUCACCGCCACUCGACGAAGACAUAUUGGACCAUCUACAACGAGGCGAACUGCCGCCACUCGAUUACGGCUACACGAUGAUUAGGGAUAGUCAACCUGCGUCAAUAUCCGCCCGACGACGACGUCAACCACGCGUGCAUAAACGCACCAUCAUCGAGCUACAUCUAGAAGUGCUCAACGAAUGUGAAGUGACCGAAUGGCAAAAUGUCAAAGACGACUAUUUGCAGAUUGUCGUGCAGGCGUUUGCGCAGGAUUUGCUGCGGGACGACGACACGAAUAACAGUAUCUUGGGUGUUUCUACGUCAGACCAGGGUCCUCCAGGGACCCAUGUUUCCUCCACCGUGGAUCAAUCCACUGACAUCGAACGAACGGACGCAUCUGCACGUAACGCAGAGCACCCCGAUCCAUGGCGUUGUAUGGAAACUAUACAAUUACAAACGGACCCAUGUCGCCCUAACGAAGAUAACCACGAUCCAUGGAGUUGUAUGGAAAACAUAGAGUUAGAAAGGGACCGUUGUCCACCGAAUGAAGAGGACCCCGAUCCAUGGAGUUGUAUGGAAACCAUACCGUUACAAACGGACCCCUGUCGACCUCAUGACCCCGAUCCAUGCAGUUGUAUGCAAUCCAUACUGUUAGCAACGGACCCUUGUCCACCUCACGAACAGGACCUCAAUCCUUGCAGUUGCAUGGAAACCAUACCAUUACAAACGGACCGUUCUGCAUCUGACGCCGAUGACCCCGAUCCAUGGAGUUGUAUGGAAAACAUACAGUUCGCACCGGACCGUUCUCCACCUAACGAAGAGGACCGAUGGAGUUGUAUGGAAAGGGUUUAG